AUGCCAGCCUAUCCAAUCCAAGUCCCGGAAAACAGCCCCUUUCCCAUCCAGAAUAUCCCUUUCGGCAUUUUUUCCGAUGAAGCAAACCGCGCGCCCAGAGCUGCCACAGUCAUCGGAAAUUGGGUCCUUGACCUGGCUCUUCUGGAAUAUGAAGGAUUGUUUGACACAGUACUCUCCUUAUCUGCAAAUUCUUUCUCUCAGCCCACUCUGAACACGUUUGCCGCCCUUGGAAAAGACGUCAGACGGAAAGUGCGAGAAGCGAUUAUUCAAAUAUUACAAGAUCCUGAGAGCAAGCUCUUCGGCAGUGAGAAUUUGAACUCUAGGGCAUUUCACAGACUGGAAGACGUGAACAUGCAUCUUCCAAUGCAUAUUCCUGCAUUCACGGAUUUUAGCUGUUUCGAGGAACAUGUUGGUAAUUGCUUCGCUCUAUCAAACAUCAGUUUCGGCCCAGAGAGCAACUUCUACAAAUCCCCCAUGGCCUACAACGGCCGAGCCUCUUCGAUCCUUCCCAGCGGCACCAGCUUUCCCCGCCCCCGGGGCGUAUUCAAAACCCCUGAAACAGGCAUCGUGGAGUACCAGGCAGUCCGAAAGCUAGAUUACGAGAUGGAACUCGGCAUCCUCCUCUCUACUAGUCUUCCAUUUGGCCAGUUACUGGACCCCGAUACAGCGGAAGACUACAUAUUCGGCUAUGUUCUACUGAAUGACUGGUCCGCGCGAGAUAUCCAGAUGUACGAAAGCAUGCCUGCGGGCCCGUUCAAUUGCAAGGCGUUUGCGAGUCACAUCUCGCCAUGGGUUGUUGUUCCUGAGGCGCUUGAGGCGUCGAGGGUGAGCCCGUUUCACCAAAGACGAGAGGAUCCCCCGGUCCAUGUUCGACAUACAAGUCUAAAGGACAAGUCGUAUGAUAUUGCGUUCGAUGUCUCCAUAACUCGAACUGGCCAGCAACCUGCUCACGUGUCGACCUCGAACUACAAACACUCGUACUUCACGCCGGCGCAAUGCAUCGCACACCGGGCGAGCUCAGGCUGCGGGUUACUUACAGGAGAAUUACUAGGAGGUGGCACCGUCUCGUCUCCUGAAUCAGACUGGCCGGACCGCUCUGUAGCACGAAACGGCUGUCUCUUUGAAAUCACCUGGGAUGGGACCCGCGAGGUUCCUCAAACCGGGGGGAUGUACUUGAAUGACUUUGACUCUGUGAUCAUGGAGGCCUGGGCGACUGGCAUUGAGAAUGCCAGAAUUGGCUUUGGGCAGCUGGUGGGUACAGUCGCUCCUGCGAUAUAG